UGUUAUAAUUUUUUGUGUAAACAUGCUACUGCUUUAGGCUAGCUCUGUGGCUCCUUUUGUACAGUGAAACUCACGGAUUCAGACACUCGGCACCAUCUAAUAAGUAUGGCAGAUUCCGGCGACCCCCAGCUAGAGGUAUAGGGCACAGAUAGCAGGCCCAUCAAAAUUUCCGUGGGAAUUCUUUAGUUAAAUACUGUUUUUCUGUUGUUAAUUUUAUUUUUUUUUAGAUUUCACAAAACACACGAUGGUGUCUAUGAAUAAGAUAUUAUAUCAAAACAAAAAAAGCCAUUAGCUACCUGCUGCCACCUACUGCUAUGGAAGAGUAUUACACGGUUACUCUGCCGAGCUCUAGACAGCACCGACACUCAACAACGGCACAUUAUUUGCGGAUUAUAAUUACUGGUUUGCAAAAAAUAUUUUUAACCCAAUUAGGUGAAAUGACAUAAUCUCGCACGGCACACCAGACUGUAUCUCACGGCACACCCCCGUCCUAACAUCUUAAAUUACAUACUGUAACUGUUGCAUUCAUUGUAACCCACAUUUUCUAGAUAUUCUGGCCAGGGUUUGUUUAUUUACUCAACUGCAGAGGGUACUGGGUAUCUAUUAGUGUUAGUAGUAAGGAAAAAAAAUGUAUAUUUUAGCAUCACUUUCUCUUUACUUCAUCUUUACAAAUGCCAUGUUUGGUGUCUUCAACUGCACUGGAAGAUUGGCGUCUUUUUGAAAUAUUACUGGACUUGUGGCAAAGGAAGACAUGUCUGCAGUUGCUGUUUGAUGUGUGUCCACGAAACAAAAGGCAGCGCUGUUAGUCGUCAGCCUCCAGUGGCUCGUAGCGAGGCCAGACCAGUGUGGGUUCGGUUGUCCACAUGAACACAGAAGCACUUUGUCUGCUGCACAUUUUUAAUGAAAAACUCCUAAGUGGAGUCUCAUUGCCAGGUGACCCGAACUGCCCCCCACUGGAUGUAUAUAUGAGAUAAUAAUACGGCAUUGGGUAACGCUACACUGCCAUACUAUCUUCAGAUGAAGGAAGGAUUAUACUGAACACUCUCCUCCCCUCGGAUUCCCGCUUCACUGACUCUUUGUUUGGGUUCCCUGCAAUGAAAUCCACCUGCUCCCCACUCCCUGUUGCAAUACAAGGAUUAUCUUAAGUCUCCCAAACAGAGUGGACAUGGCGCUUUUAGGGAGAACUGCAGCUCUCCUGCUCUUUUUGCUCUUCUCCUCGCAUCUUCUUUGCGUUCACUGUGUCUCCCAUCAAAAAGCGACAGUGUCGUGGUGUGUGAUAUCGGACGCGGAGGAGCAGAAGUGCACGGAUCUGGCCGGGAACGCCACAGCUCGGAAUGUCAGAGGGAACUUGCGAUGCGUUCGAGGCCUGGACACCAGGGACUGCAUGGAGAAAAUUAAAAACGGGAGCGCCGACGCAGCCUCCAUGUUUGCAGACGACAUCUACGCUGCAGGUCUGUGUCACGGCCUGGAGGUGUCAGCAGGGGAGUCCCUCAAUGGAGUGGAUGGUGUCAGCUACUAUGUGGUGGCGCUUGCCCGUCGCUCCUCCUCCGACUUGUCCUUGCUGGAGAUGCAUGAACGCAGCUCCUGCCACCCUGGCAUGCGCACCACUGUGGGCUGGACUGUUCCCAUCGGCUACCUGGUCAACACCUCGCAGAUCGGCGUCGGGGAGCAGUGCAACUUUCCUCGCUCCGUGGGCAACUUCUUUGGUUACAGCUGCGUGCCCGGUGUCAAGGACCCCCAGCACGACCCCAGAGGCAACAACCCCAAGAACCUGUGCGAGGCCUGCAUAGGCGACGAGAAUGACAGACACAUCUGUGCAAGCAACCCCCAAGAGCGCCACUACGGAGAGGCGGGGGCGCUGAGGUGUGUGGCUGAGAACCUGGGCGACGUGGCUUUUGUCAAACACACGACUGUCUUUGACAAUUUGGAUGGUAGGAACCAAGAAUCCUGGGCGCUGGACCUGGAAGCGGAGGACAUGAAGCUGCUGUGUCCCGACGGCACCGAGGCCGAGCUGGAGGAGUACACACGCUGCCACUUGGCCGCCGUGCCCGCCGACGGCGUGGUGGUGCGCGUGGAGGACAAAUGUCGCGUUUGGAAGUACUUGGAACGGCUUCAGAACGUCUUUGGUAACGCCACGGAGGGCUUCAGCCUGUUCAGCUCUGCGGGCUACGCCGACUCCAACGUGCUCUUCAGUGACUCCGCCCACCACCUGCUGAGGGUCCUGGGGGGCUUCACCUCCUGGCUGGGUCACUCUUACACCAGCGCUCUGCAGGCCUUCGAGUGCGAAGGUUUCUGCUGAUGCGAGCCGGAGGCCGACGCGUCACGUCCUCGUUCAAGUCGGUACUCUCUUCUUUCUACACGUCCUCGUCGUGUUCUUCAUUUAGUCUUUCCCUCAAGACGCUCCCUUAAGACGGCCUAAUCUUCUAAAACUGCCACGACGUUUCAGUGUGGAUUUAGAAAGGACGAGGCAAGAAAGGACAGGACGUUUUUACAAAUAAAAAGUCAGCGUAAUAAGAAUUUUUGUACACUAAUGCUUUUUUUUAUUUUAUUUUUUUUUGCUUUUUGUUCCAUCUCUGGCAUUGAAC